AUGGCGUCCCUACUACAUGCCCUGCUUCGAAUGACAAACUUCAAGAACCCAUUCUUGAGGACAUUCGUGCCGGCGGUCGGGCUGAUUUACGGCUUGCAAAUCGGUGUUGCUAUUCCUAGCAUUAUUGCUCAAUCUGAGCGUUUCUACGAUGUCUCCGGAUCUCUCACCUAUCUGGCUGCAACGGGACUGAGCUUGUAUCUGCCAGCCAUCCGCGCCCGCGCUGCCGCUGCGAAUGCCGGUCUGCCAAUUCCGCCGCUUCCGAGCCUGCUGGCUCCGUUCUCCAACCCCUCGGCGACCCUCAACUGGCGCCAGGUCAUCCUCAGCGCCGCCGUCAGUGUCUGGGCGACGCGGUUGGGUUCGUACUUGUUUGAGCGGGUUCUCACGGAAGGCAAGGACUCGCGCUUUGACGAGAUCAAGAAGUCGCCUCCUAGGUUCCUGACCGCGUGGAUCGCCCAGGGAACAUGGGUCACUCUCUGCACGCUGCCGGUCCUCGCCAUCAACUCGGUCCCAUCUGCCGCGCUCCGUGCCGUCCCUGGCAGUGUGCGUAUCACCGAUGCGAUUGGCCUUUCGCUCUUCCUGCUCGGAUUCGGUUUUGAGGUCGUUGCCGACAGGCAAAAGGCCAAGUGGGCCAGUGAGAAGAGGGCCAAGCUUCACGACGAGCAGUUUAUGACCCGUGGUCUGUGGACUGUGAGCCAAUACCCUAACUAUUUUGGAGAGAUCAGUCUCUGGACCGGUAUCGCGACCGUUGCUGCUGGAGCUCUGCGAACUCAGCCUAUCCAGUCCGCGAUAGGGUUGGGCGGAGGCGUGGGAGGUAUGACUGCAGCUGCGGCAAUGUCAUACAUCAGCCCUCUCUUCGCCUACUUACUGCUGACCAAGGUAUCGGGAAUCCCGCUGAGUGAGAAGAAGUAUGACAAGAAGUUUGGUGACAGGAAGGACUACCAAGAGUGGAAGAAGAACACGCCCAGGCUGAUCCCCAAGCUGCUGUAA